UUUAUGGGCCCACGUCCGCUCCUCUGCGAGACCGCUCGGGAAGCCAGGGGCGGUGGGAGCGGGGCCCGCGUCAAGUCGGCUCAAACUCAGCCCAGCCGAGCCCUACCGCUGGGACGACCUAGCGCGGACCGGAAGUUUCACGGGCGAGCUGGCUGCCGGAGCCCUAAUCACAGCGCACCGGAAGUGGGCCCAGACCGGCGUCCGGGCCGCGCCCGCCGUGAGUGAGCUUUCCUCCGGCCAGCGACGCCAUGGAGCCCGGGGCGGCGGAGCUAUACGACCAGGCCCUGUUGGGCAUCCUGCAGCACGUGGGCAACGUUCAGGACUUUCUGCGUGUGCUCUUCGGCUUCCUCUACCGCAAGACGGACUUCUACCGCCUGCUGCGCCACCCGUCGGAUCGCAUGGGCUUCCCGCCGGGGGCCGCGCAGGCUCUGGUGCUGCAGGUAUUCAAAACCUUUGACCGCAUGGCCCGUCAGGAUGAUGAAAAGAGGAGGAAGGAGCUGGAGGAGAAGAUCAGGAGGAGGGAAGGGGAGGAGGCCGCGGCCGAGCAGGAGCCAGUCCCAGCCCCGGUUCAGGAGGUGGAGGUUGACUCCACCACAGACUCAGGCGGCCCUCAGGAGCCCCCCGGCCCGCAGGACGCCGUGCAGGAAGUGGCCCACCGCGCCAGGGAGGCAGAGCCACCAGGAGCGGAUGCUGGCGCUGCUGAAGUCCCAAGGAGCCCGCCAGCUCUUCCCAAGAGGCAGGAGCAGUUCCAGAGAAACCCCGACAGCUACAAUGGUGCUGUGCGUGAGAACUACGCUUGGUCCCAGGACUACACUGACCUGGAGCUCAAGGUGCCGGUGCCCAAGCACGUGGUGAAGGGCAAGCAGGUCUCUGUGGCCCUCAGCAGCAGCUCCAUCCGGGUGGCCGUGCUGGAGGAAAACGGGGAGCGCGUCCUCAUGGAAGGAAAGUUCACCCACAAGAUCAACACCGAGAGCUCCCUCUGGAGCCUUGAACCCGGGAAGUGCGUUUUGGUGAGCCUGAACAAGGUGGGCGAGUACUGGUGGAACGCCAUCCUGGAGGGGGAGGAGCAAAUAGACAUCGACCAGAUCAACAAGGAGCGCUCCAUGGCCACGGUGGACGAGGAGGAGCGCGCCGUCCUGGACAGGCUCGCCUUCGACUACCAGCAGAAGCUGCAGGGCAAGCCGCAGAGCCACGAGCUGAAAGUCCAUGAGAUGCUGAAGAAGGGGUGGGAUGCUGAAGGCUCCCCCUUCCGAGGCCAGCGAUUCGACCCGGCCAUGUUCAACAUCUCCCCCGGGGCUGUGCAGUUUUAAUGACCGGAGUAAAGGAAGCCCUCGCCGGCGGGGACUCGCUCGCCUGGUUCACCCUUGCCAUCCUUCUUUUCAAGGGGGAACCCGGCCUCCACUCUGGCCCUGCAUCUCCAGACUGUUGUAGAGCAGGGCGGGGGCUGCGUGGCCCGUGCCGGGCGGGUGUUAGAGAGCAGGGGGUGUCCUGGCAGGCGCAGCUCCGGCCCCUCCUGGCCGUUAGCCACCCCCUCCCUCCGCUUGCUGCUCGUGUGCUCUCUGCUUGCUGUUCUCACGCUUGGGGCGGGCGUGGGUGCUGCUCGGCUGUUGAAGCGUGGGCAGGACUGUGCAGCCUGAGGGCCGAGCUCCUGGCCAGUUUGGGGAGAGCGCAGCCUCGACCUUUUGCUGGGUGUGUUCACGUGUGGUCUUGCCCGCCUGCUUGUACGCGUUCACCGCCUGCCUCAGCCUCGUUGAGGAGCUGCGGAAACUGGGGUCCUGCCGCCGGAUCUGGACGCUGGAAGAAAGUGUCUUGUGGCCUCAGGUGCAGGCACGGCAGGAUCUGUCCCUCUCCUGACCGGGCUGCUCUGCUGCCACCCAGCCUAGCACUUUUCUCUCGGGGGAUCCGGUUCUUGUCAAAGUGAGCUGGGCCAGGCACCCUCAGGAGGCCCCGUGGUGUGUCAGCUGCUCGGUGCAGCCCUUGGUCCUUUCCUGGCUGAGGCCAGACUGCACCGCACAGAGCUCGUGGCUCUGCUCCCACCGCUGUCCCAGGACCCAGAGCCUGUGCCCUUCACCAGGACUGUGGGGCUGCCCUUCCGGGCAGUGACCUUGCAGGUCUCUGCACCCUGGAACCUGCCCUCGUGAGCUCUGUUCUCUGGUCUGGGGGAGGAAGGAGCCCUGUCUGGGGGGCGUUCUUUCUGGAGCCUUCCCCCUUUAACUGCAGAGGUGGGAGCUGCUUCAUCACAGUCUGUGGGGGCAGGUUUCUGGCUCACAGCGCCCUGUAGACACAUCCCUGGGUCCCUGGGAAGCGUUUGCUUGCUCUCAUGCCACCACAGGAGGCGUGGACACCAGGUGGCUGGGGGAAGCGCCACCAUGGGAGCACAGGGCCCUGCUGUUUGCACUUGUCACCGAGGCUGGUCACGGAGCUGCUGGAGGCCCCUCUGUAGCGCCCUCAGGAUUUGCACACCUGUCCCACAUAGCGAAAGGUCUCACUGGCACGUGUCUGUGAGAGAACCAUUCUCAACACGCCCCUGUCUCCUCCUCCCCUCCGCCGCCCCCGUGGGGUCUUCUGCUGCGACCGGCAGGGCUGUGGUGCCUGCGCCUCAGCUGUUUGGGAGAUUUUGGGAGCUGUGGACUCGGUGGCCAGUUGUCUUCCUUUUGCCCGAUUUGAUUUCCAGUGUUGGUUUCUCCCCACCCCGCCCGCUGUAACAGCAGCUCGCAGGCAUCUGGGAGUGCGGGGCUUCAGGGGAGGGAGUGCUCGUUCGCCCUCGCCGUGCCGUGUCGUGUCGUGGGAGACCUCUGCCCCUCGCUGCCGGCCUGGGCCCUGGAGCCUGUGCACUCUGCCCAUUUUCUCUCUUCAAACCUGGCAGCAGCAGUUUGGCCACUGAGCUCCGUCAGCUGAGGUCCAAGGAAGUGGGGUACACACCUGCAAAAUCACCCUGUCUCCGGUGUUGGUUUGCAAUAAAUCUGUAUUUAAGCA